UUCUCCUCGAGACACUUCCCACGCGACCUCCGCUGGACUCGCCGCCGCCUAGCCCGGAAGACCAACAAACAGGUGUUUGUCAGCUGUAACCCUCAAAUCACAGACUGUAACGUUGUGCUACUUGUGAGAAACAGGAUCAAGGUAGAAAUGGAGGCUUUUGUGGAAAGUUCUAGCGGAGUGGCGGAAGUGAGGAUUUGUAACUUAUGUACAAUAUACAUUUAAAUAAAUGGAUUGAAUUUUUAAAAAACGAAAAAAAAAUAAUGAAGUUGACACGUGUGGAAAUGAGAGCACUGAAGCCGUUAUGCAAUGGAGGCAGUACUCAGUGAACGCCGACAUCGCUUCUCUGGCGGCCCUUCUUUAUUCUCAGAUAGGAAGUGCACAGUCCUGGGCGGCCUACCCUCCCAGCACUCGCUCCUGGACUUUCUCCGCAGCCCCUGGCAGAAUGUUGUCUGUACUCAUUCUGAACUCCAGUUAUAUCAAGUUUCUAGCGCAAGAUCAACUGUCAACGUACUAUUAGUCAUUAAAAAAAAAAAAAAAAAAGAAAGAAAGAAAAUGCAGAGCGCCAUUAGGCAAAAUAUAUUCUGGACUGCUGUUACUGAUAUAAUCCUGACUGGAGAGAGAGCCAGAAUAUGGUGUGGUGUGGCCUCAGUGUUCUUCCCAGCAAGGAGUCUCCCUUUGACACGGGAAGCCUGGGGGCUUCAGAUGCCCAGCCUGGCUGCAGGGAGCCAAGGCACCAGAGGGAAGCUGGUAAAUGUGUCUCAGGUUAUCAGCAUACGCAUGCUUGGAACUCCUCCCUUGUGUCACUUGUUCUACUGCCCUAAAUGGCUUCUUGCAUCCCUACCUCCCACGGCCUGGAAGAAGAAUGCAGAGAAAUUCGCCUAUACCAGCUGCAUACCAGCAUCUGAGUACCCUUUCUAUGUUUGAAAAAACUGCUGCUGAAUGAGUCUUAUUGGUAAGUAACUUCCUUAUUCAG